AACAGUGGUGACCUUCGUGAGUUAGUCAUCAUGGCGGCCAUCGUCAGAUUGAGUUCUGUGUGUCGUAGGAGUGUAAAACCUCUGUUCUGCCAAAACACCCUGCUGGCCAGAUCUGCUGUCAUCCUUCAAAAAGAGCAGCAGCCCCACCCUCUGACUGCAAGGAUCCAUUCGUCGCCACCUCUCUACGCGGGCUCCGACUCCAAAGCUGCGUCUCUUCACUGGACAGCGGAGCGAGUGCUGAGUAUCGCCCUGCUUGCCUUGGGUCCUGUGGCGUACUUCAGCCCCGGGCCAGUCAUCGAUUACUCCCUGGCUGCUGCGCUCACCCUGCAUGGACACUGGGGCCUGGGUCAGGUGUUAACGGAUUAUAUCCAUGGGGACACAAAAGUCAAGCUCGCCAGUGCAGGCCUCUUUGUCUUGUCCACGGUCACCUUCGCCGGACUCUGCUACUUCAACUACAAUGACGUGGGCAUCUGCAAUGCCGUCGCUCUGCUCUGGAGCAAAUGAAAGGGAUUUUGGACUGGUGAGCUCAGAGGGAACCAACGCUUUGGGAGAAAUCUUGUCCCAGCUAAUUGUAACAAAGUAAUAAUAAUAAUAAUAAGUCAACAUGUUCUUUAUAAAUUCUGUCAUUUUGCAUUUACUAAGGAUGUGUUUCUAAUGGAUGCCAAUGUGUUCCAGCUUGUUUUUUUCCACUGAGUUGGGCUGCAAGCGCUUACUUUGGAGAUUCAAGCAUUUUCAUCCACAGUUAUGGUUACGAUCAAGUGCUGGAGAAUACAGAAGUUUAACAUCUUCCGUAAUGUUUUUUUUUAAAUAUAUAUAUAUCAGUCACACACUCUGACACUGACACAGCAGCCCAUGCUGCAGCUCUAAUUCAGCUUUGGAAGUUUUUCACAAGCCAUAUUAAAGUGUAUUCAUGUUUCAUUCAGAAUAGUCUGGUUCCCUUUACAGCAUUCCUAGAAAUUGAAGACUGCAUCCUGAAUUUAGGAUGCAAUAUGUUUGAAGCUAUGCAGCAAUGCGUAUCUGGAUAUGAAGUUGCAAAAUUAACUUCUGAUUAUACUGUAGUUCUGUACAAUACAUAAAACAACCAGAAAGCUUGGAUAAUUGGAUAAUGUUUUUUUUUUUUCUGUUGGUGUGUUCACAUCCUGCAUGCAGCUUAGAUUCCACGGUUUAAGGGGAGUGUCAAGAAAAGCUCUGCUUUCUCUGUCUACACAAUACUUAUGCAAUAAAACUACUGGUACACA